AUGGACGUUGAAGGAAACGCGGGCGCGCGGAGAGCAUUGAGUCUGCUGUUCGGCAUACCAGAUCGCUUCAAUGACUUCUGUCACAUCGACCAGAUCACCUUUGUUCAGCUGGCAGACUGGAUCCUCGCCAACGUCACGUCGAAACUCUCCACCGACAUCAGCGUAGAGGAAAGCCUUUUCGUGUUCCUCGAUAUCGUUGCGCAGGGGAAUAGCUUCAGCCAUGCGGCGUACAACUGGGACCACGAUGUCCAGCUGACACACGGAAUAUUCCUCAACGUCUUGAAUGCCCUGACGGUCCUGCGCGAGAGCAGAGAAAUCUCUCCAGACUGCCCAUCCAUCAACUCAACAAAAGCCCGCUGGCGGAUUGCGAAGAUGUGGCGGCCGGGGCGAUCCAAAAUCGGCUCCCGUGGGCUGAUAAAGAUUGGGGAUGAUGGCGUGACGGACGACGGGCUCGAGGUGAACCAAGAGAACCUCAAGCAGGCGCUGCUAGCGUUGAACAACUUUAUCUACGAGCAAGGCGAUUAUGAUGAUUGA